AUGCAUAUAAUGAGUUCACCAAUGUGCGACCAUUGCAAUAUGGGAAAAGCCAUUGUUUUUUGUAAGACACAUUUGGCUAGGGUUUGUUCUCAAUGUGACCGGAAGUUUCACCACUAUGUGACUAUGGAUAGUCCCGAUCACUCGCGGCUUCUGCUGUGCGAGAAAUGCGUUUUGCAGGCCGCAGAUGCCCAGUGCCUUGAGAAAGGAUUGUGCCUAUGCCAAACUUUUCCACGAGAUCUCGAUCUUGAUUCUUUUUCCUCCUCUUCUUCAUAUUCUUUCAUUCAUGAUCACAAUUUGGGGUUUCCCUUUGUUCCACUACCUCCCAAAAAUGGGGACUCAUCAUCCUCUUCUUCUAUUAUUUUUCAAAAUUUUGACAAUUAUACAAAGAAUACUAGUGAUCAACGAGUGCAAAUGCUUCAGCCCGAUGAUAUGGACAAUUCUAAGGGUUAUUCAUAUUCAGGCAUGGAAAGUUACAAAACUAAAGAUAUAGAGAAUGUCUGCCACAACACUUUUGAUGAAGACAAGGCAGUAAUAGACCAAAAAGAGUAUUUCUCCGGGGAAGAAUUGAUCCUGACCGAUCAUCUUAUUGAUGAAAUAAUGAAGUACAAUGCUGAAACCAAUACAGAGAUUAUGUCAGGUUCAUCAUCGGUUAUAUAUAAAGAUUACAACAUUGAAGCGUUGGUUAAUGCAAGUUGUGAAGAUUACAACACGAAUCAAAUGAUUGGAUCAAAGACAAAGGAAGAGACCGAUAAUAAUGUUGGAAUAUUCCAUAACGCUCAUAUUCAUGAUGAGUGUCGACCAUCGCAGUUGAUUCUGACGGAUGUCGAUGAGAUGCUACCAUGGGACGAUCAAUUACUUGGAUCUCCUAUAUACACACCGCAGAAUCGAUUAGAGGCAAAGAAGAGAUAUCUCGAAAAGAAAAAGAAACGCAAGUAG